UGGCACUUAAACGCAACAUGGUUGGGGAAGGAGGACCGGGAGCCUUACACAAUUAUGAGACGGCUCGUCACUACAAAUGGACAUUCAUCGCGAAGAUACUCUAAUCAUCGGGGAUCUUCAUAGAUGAUAUUUUCUCCAAUGGACGCCGUUGAAUGCAGCCGGCCAUGGAAGUUUCUUCCUCCAGAUACAUGUGUUAGCCACAGCAUGAGAUUAAAUGCAACAGACGUUGCGAGUGGCAAAAGAGCAACAGAUUGGGAAAAGGAACAGACCCAUAAAAGUGUUACCAUGGCACCCACUUCCAGGUAUUUGACUGAAAGGCAAUAUGUGAUGAGAAAGCCUCUCUUCUAUAUGGAACAGGCAUCCAUUUUAAAGAAGACUCCUCAGCAGCAGCAUCAACAGAAGGAGAUGCAUGUCAGUACCAGCGGAAAACAUGAAGGUCAGCGUUCCGUCAAGGUUAAUUUGCUGACUUGGUUAGGAGAAGACCUGAAGUCCGUGAGCAAUCACUUCACUCCCAGUGAUGUCGCCGAUCAUUCAGCCUCGACAGAAGUGUGCAGCUCACUUUUGGAUUUCCCAGAGGACAGCACAAAGUUAGAACAUGAAGAACCUGUUGUUGGAUUGACUUUGACCAGAAAUAAAUCAAUUCAGUGUGACCUCCCCAGCAACAUUCUGGAGUUGCAGAAAAAGGACCGUCCUGAGAGGCUGCAACUGACAUCCACCGUUCUGUACCCCACCUAUACCCCCACCCCACGUUUAUCAUAUUCUAAAAGAGACCAAACAACAGAGCUCAAAAAACAAAAUCUCUACUCUUUAGCCGGGCAGUCAAGAAGACAAACCAUGUCAUAUCACGAAGCAAACUAUUGGGACUGUGCUAUCCCGAAGUCUUUGCCCACAUCCACAAAUAGACACACCGCAUCCUGGGAUCCAAACCAGGAGUAUCAAGCUUUGCUGGACUACACUUACCCUCUUAGACCUGGGCAGAUGGACAGGAAGUGGGACAGCGCUGCGUUCCUUGGUGACUCUCGCCAACAACAAGACCUGAACUUAGUGGAUUCUGGUAUUGAACUGGAUAACCUUCGUACCACCAGCCCAUCUGGGUCGGAUUUAAACCUGAGCAACACCAUGCAGACAGAAGCAUGGGACAGAAUGGAUCAGAAAAUCAAUUCCACGGGUGUGGACUCUUCUGCACUUGUCUCCAGAUCACUCUCUUCUGAGUUGUUUUUGGAUACUUUGGGCUUAGUUAUGGACAAAGAAGUUGGGAACUGUCACCAGGGUAGAAGUCAGCACCAUCAUCAAUAUGCACAACCCUCCUCCUCCAUUGCUUUUAUCCACGCAACAAGUGUUCUUCCUCAGUCCCAAUCUGUAGGUGGGGACUUUGACAAGGAGUUUUGGGCUCUGCCUGAUCACCUGGAAGAGGUGCAACUCCUCACUAGACAGGUAAAGGAGGUGACAGCCUGGCUGAAGUGCCCACUCGCAGCCACGUGUGAGUGUGUGGGCUCUGCCUCGCAUUGCUUGACUCUAUCACAGCAAGAGAAAGAGCUGGCUGAAGAGGCUGGUGCCAAAGAGCACCAAGCUGAUCAUAGUAACCUUGAGGCAAUGAGGAGAAGUCCCAGUUCAUGGAUGGAGUCUGUUGGUCCAGGAUUGACUCAGGACAGUCUCAAGGAGGUGGAGACCUUGGUGGAGCAGCUUUGUGGCAUCCACCUGAGAGACUCUCAGAAGGGCAUCCUGGAGGAGCAGGACCACAGUUGCUCUCUGAUGCAACGUACCCGCAUGUUUUGUUCACUCUUGGAGCAAUAUAUCCACUGGCUCUACAAGGUUUCCGAGAAGAUGGACAUGUUGGCUCGACCCACGGUAGACAAUGAAAACGUGAAGAGGUCACUUGCUGAAUAUCAGAAAUUUCAGCAGGAAUUGAGAAGUCAUCAGCGCUUAAUUUCUCAUGUUCUGCAAACCGGCGAGCUGCUUCUAGGGUGCAUGGACGGCACGUCUCCAUUGUUAAGAAACACGCUGCUGUUGAUUGAGAGGCAGUCAAGAGCCAUGGAAUAUCGCACAGAGCACUUGUCCUCCAUCUUAUCGCCCAUGGACAAUCAGACACAUCCUAAUGAGCCCAGUGAUCCACUUCUUCAGGACAAACUGGGGACAUCCACCAAGUGAAUGUCCAAGCUCCACCCAUUUUUGAAAGCACUUGUCUUCAAUGGGGUCAUGGGUGAUUCUAUCCUAGCUGAGUCUGGGCAAGAAGUGGGUACACUCUGGUCUGGUUGCCACACAAUUACAUGGCACUUAUAUUAUAACAUUCAUAUCUUUGGACAGUUUUGAGACUUUUACGUAUUUUGGGAUGUAAGUCAUUAGUUCUCCGUGUUGCUUGUCAGGCUGUCUUUUUUUUUUUUUUUUAAUUACAUUCUUCUGUAAUUUUGUCAAACAUUAUACAAUACUUUUAUUGAUAUACCCACGAACAAAUCGAUUAUAGUUUAAACAUGCUUGAUCAGGCAGAAAGCGGCUCGAGUUGUGGUGAAGUAAUACAGGUAUACAGCCACCAAGUGUCCUAAAAUGUAAACAGUUCCAAAACGUGACUUGAUUUUUACAUGUUUUGUAACAGCAUAUUCACAGACUCAAUUUUUCCCUUCAAAAUAGCAAACUACCUUUAAUACAUGUUCUUAGUCGAGGCAUAAACCGUACCAGACAACAAAA